CCCAGCCAGUGCCCUCGGCGCGCCGCCGCGAUGUGGGCCGCGCUGUCGCUGCUCUGCGCCGGGGCCUGGCUGCUGGGGGCCCCGGCCGCUGACGCCUUCUCGGCGAGCAAUUUAGAGAAGUUUCACUUUAAGUCAUGGAUGUCUCAGCACCAGAAGAAGUAUAGCGUGGAAGAGUACCCGCACAGGCUGCAGACCUUCGUCCGCAACUGGAGGAAGAUCGAAGCCCACAACAAUGGCAACCACACCUUCCAACUGGGGCUGAACCAAUUUUCAGAUAUGAGCUUCGCUGAAAUAAAGCGCAAGUAUCUAUGGACAGAGCCACAGAACUGCUCCGCCACCAAAAGCAACUACCUUCGGGGAACCGGGCCCUACCCCAGCUCUGUGGACUGGCGCAAAAAAGGAAAUUUCGUCUCGCCGGUGAAAAACCAGGGAGCCUGCGGCAGCUGCUGGACUUUCUCCACCACGGGGGCCCUGGAGUCGGCCGUCGCCAUCGCCAGCGGGAAGAUGCUGUCUUUGGCAGAGCAGCAGCUGGUGGACUGCGCCCAGAACUUCAACAACCACGGAUGCGAAGGGGGUCUCCCCAGCCAGGCCUUCGAGUACAUCCUGUACAACAAAGGCAUCAUGGGUGAAGACAGCUACCCCUACAGGGCCAUGGAGGGGCGCUGCAAGUUCCAGCCCCAGAAGGCCAUCGCGUUCGUCAAGGACGUGGCCAACAUCACGCUGAAUGACGAGGAGGCCAUAGUGGAGGCCGUGGCGCUCUACAACCCCGUGAGCUUCGCCUUCGAGGUGACCGAAGACUUCAUGCGGUACAGGAAGGGCAUCUACACCAGCACUUCCUGUCACAAAACCCCAGAUAAAGUCAACCACGCGGUCCUGGCUGUCGGGUACGGAGAAGAGAACGGGGUCCCCUACUGGAUCGUGAAAAACUCCUGGGGUUCCCACUGGGGAAUGAACGGGUACUUCUACAUAGAGCGCGGGAAGAACAUGUGUGGCCUGGCCGCCUGCGCCUCCUACCCCAUCCCCCUGGUGUGAGCGGCGGAGACCUGGCCCCAGAGGAGGCUGAGGGAGGGUCCCUCGGCCCGAGAGGAUCACGAGGAAGAAUUCCACGCCUCCACGGGAGACCGUCACCCACGCCAGCCAUGGGCCUGCGACCACGCCCGGCCCACGUGCACGGGAGAAGAUUCUGGAGUUCUGUGUUCUUUAUGCAAUAAACAUUCAGUGCCUUC